GUAGAGGGGGAGUUGGAGAAGGUAGGGGUGAUAGAGAACGAGAGGGAGGUAGGGCUGGCAGGGAUAAUUGUGGGGUUGAUUGGGUUUCAGAUCGGUCGAGAGAGCUUAGGUUGUCAGACUCGCCAGGAGUUUCAGUUUCAGGGUCCGUAGAGAGCUGUACUAGGAACAGCGUAGAGACAACAAGCCGUGUAGCGCGUCAUGCUAUAACGGGGACGAGGGAGGGGGAUGCGGCAGGUUGUGGAGCGAUUUAUUCGCCUGAAAUUAGGGUUAGGGUAACCGAGUUACAAUCCUCCUUAGAUCACACGACAACAGGAUUAGGGAUCCGUGAGCCGCCCCAGAAGCCACUCUGCCCGACGCAUACUCACUCGCAGCAGCUGCAGGGGUAUGCUUCUCCCCAGCAGAGGGGCUACUCCGCCCUGCUCUCACAGGCACAGGAGCAUGCGACAGGGGGAACUGAACAUACGUAUGAGGCGCCUCAGCAGUCUCCAGGGGGGGUGCAGAGCAGGGAGCCGAGCGCAGAGCAGAGGAGAGAGCGGGUCGGAGAGUUGAAGUGUGGCGCAGCUGCAGAUUUGACAGUUCUGGAGCGCAACAACGCUGGCCCAUUGGCAGCGCGCCACGUGGCAGAGCUGUCGCCGUCCCUCCACAGGCACGCCAUGGCAUGGGAUGCGGAGCUCAUGCGAACCCUGGAGGCGGAUGGCGGGGGGAUGGAGGGCGGGGGGAUGCAGGGUGGGGGGGUGGAGGGUGGGGGGAUGGAGGGUGGGGGGAUGGAGGGUGGGGGGAUGGAGGGUGGGGGGAUGGAGCGUGCAGGAGGGAAUGGGGCAACUUGUGCUUCAUCUGCUCACACCUCCUCUGCUGAGGUUGUCUCCUGCUCCUCUCGCUCCUGCCUCCUCGACCUCCACUUCUUCUCCUCCACACCGAUUCUUACCCAUCCCAACCACGCCCGUCCCGUCCCUCCUUUAUCCCCUCCCCCUCUUGUCGCCGCCCUCUCCCCCCCCACCACUGCACGGACGCUCCUAUCGCCCCCUCUACCCUGUUGCCUUGCUUCUUCCGCCCGCCCCUUCCGGCCCCCUUUGUCACUCCCCCAUUCCGCCUCUCCUGCUGCAUGUGCACACCGUGCCUCGCAGGGCUGCUGUCAGUCCCAUCCCUGUCCUCUCUCCUCUCCUCCCCUCGCCAUGCCGUCGUUGCAAGGCUCCGGAUUCCCUCCUCCUGCGCCCCCCUCCUCCGUGCCUCUUUCCUCUCCUCCUCACUGCCUUCCCCUUAGCGCUGACUCUCGUUACACUCACACCCCCCCUCCACGUCCUCACUGUCCCCCUGCUGCUUGUCGCGCCCAGUCACCCGCCCACCACCAUCCCCCUUCUCCUGGUGCACAAGAAUCUUUAAUACUCUCACCUGCAGUGCGCUCAUCUGCUGCUGCUGCUGGUGCUGCUGCUGCUGCUGGUGGCGGUUCUAGUGCGACUGGGUGCAGUCAUACCAGUGGUAGCAUCGAUGCUGCUACCGCUGCUGAAAGCGCUGGUGAUGCUGGGAGCUGCCUGAGCUUGAAUGCAUCUGAGCCGUCUGCCGUUCACCAUGCCCACGCCUCUGCCUGCCCUCACCAUACCCCGCAUCACCAAGCGGAUGAUUGCGACUCAAGGCAGAGCCAUGACCAUUGUCAGCACUGCAAUCAUUGCACUUGCCAACAGCACCAGCAGCACCAGCAGCAGCACCAGCAGCAGCAGCAGCAACAGCAGCAGAACUCUCUCCUCUCUGGUCCACACCAGCAUUGCUACAUGCAUAACCAACAUCACAUACAUCACCACCAUCAGCACCAUCAGCAUCCGAGUUACCACUACCAGCAGCAAGCGCGGUGCCAUGCACCGUCCUCAUCUCCUGCUGUGUGCUACCGCGACAUUGGCCCCAACGAUAUGGAUGACCUCAAGGCGCUCCAUGAAGCCACCUUCCCCAUCGUGUACGAGGCAGAGUUCUACGACAAUGUGGUGCACCACAGGGGCAUCAUCUCGUGGGGAGCAGUGGACCCCUCUCAGCCUGGCCGCCUCAUUGGCUUCAUCACUGCGCGCCUGGUGCCCCCAGCAGAGGCUCACGGGGCAGAUGUGCUUCCCCUCACACCUCCCUCCUCCUGGCACAUACCAGCCCCCACUCUCCUCUACAUCCUCACUCUCGGUGUCGCAAAGCCCUACCGCAAGGCUGGUGUGGCAUCGCACUUGGUGCAUCUCCUGCUCUCCCACGCCUCAUCCCUCACCCACUGUGCUGCCGUCUAUCUGCACGUCGUCUCGUACAACACCUCUGCCAUCCGCUUCUACCGCUCCCUCCACUUCGUGUUCUUGCGCUACCUCCCGCGCUUCUAUUACUUGGAGGAUGGUUACUACGAUGCGUUUCUAUUCGCCCGUUACGUCAACGGGUGGUUGCCACCUGCUCCCAGGCCCCAAGCAUACAGGGGGUCGUUUGAACUCCUGCAACCCGCGGUUACAGCUGCUUCUACCGCUGCUUCUGCCGCCAUGUCGCUAGUCUGUGCUCGGCCGUCUACUACUCUUCUCCAAGCUAUCAUUCCUUCCGCGUGGAUUUUCAAGUGUUUGGAGUUCUGUAGAGGAAUUUUCUUCCGUCGCGAUGCAUCUAGGCUUUCUUAGAAUGUAUCUAUAUGGCAAUGUAGAUCACACCUGAUAUUAUUGUAUUCAUCCUGACUAACCCUAUCACCUGAGUGU